ACUGCAAAGUGUGCAACAGUCUUUUUUAUUGUACCAUCCCGUGAACAUCAUAGCCCUUAAAAAUAUGACCAUGUAUAAGUUUAUUCCCUUAGUUCUUUUAAUAGUAGUGGUGAAUGCUAAGGAUGAUUUGGGGAUGAAAUAUAUGAUGCGGAUAUAUGAGGACUGUCAACGAGCGGACGGGAUAUUACCUUGUAUCAAGAAAAAGGCGAUUUUGUUCUUCGACAGAGCAGCUCGGAUGGAAGCUAUACCUUUAGUGGAUGGGAUAGAUAUUGUGAAGACGUCAGAGGUUGAAGUGGUUCCUGUCAGUGAAAACGAUAUUGAAGCUAGUUUGCCCAGGAAUUUGGAGAGCAAGGAUGAAGUUCUGUCCGAAAUGCUUUGGGAUAGGAUAGCAACAUUUGCCAACUCCAGGACAAUCCAGCUUUCGUUGCCGAAGAUGUCUGGAGAUGAGCUUAACAAAGGGGUUGAAGAAGGUCGAGGGAAGAUGAAGAAGAUGAUGGGGAUGAUGAUGAUGGGUGCAGCUGGCAAGAUGGCCGCGAUGAUUCCACUCGCAAUCGCCGGCCUCUUCGUCUUAGCUGGGAAGGCGUUGAUCGUUUCAAAGAUUGCGCUACUUCUGGCCGGCAUCAUCGCACUGAAGAAGAUCAUCGCACAGAAGAAUGGUGGUGGUGGCGGUGGUCAUGAGAGCCACGGAUGGUCAUCCGGUGGUGGUGGUGGCGGCGGCGGAUGGGAUAAGAGAUCCUAUGCCAACGACUUAGCUUACAAGGCUUAUAAGAAUAAUCAGUAGGAUAAGACCACAGAACUCCAAAUAUAUAUAUACUAAGGCAAAAAUCUUCUUCUAAAUCUUUGGAUAAGACUUAAAG